UCACGUGCAUCGGUUCCCAUUAGCAACCAGAGGCUUCUAAACAACCCGCCACCUCUCUAUCGCCGCCCCCCAUCCUCCGAAGUCCAAGUUCUCUUGGUGACCCCGGGCUUGGGGGGCUGUGCUUGGCUUCUCGCGCUCCUCUAGGCCGUUGAAUCCCGCCCGCCUGCCGCCAUGGCAGAGUUGGGUCUAAAUGAACACCAUCAAAAUGAAGUUAUUAACUAUAUGCGUUUUGCUCGUUCAAAAAGAGGCUUGAGACUCAAAACUGUAGAUUCCUGCUUCCAAGACCUCAAGGAGAGCAGGCUAGUGGAGGAGACUUUCACCAUAGAUGAAGUCUCUGAGGUCCUGAAUGGGUUACAGGCUGUGGUCCAUGGCGAGGUGGAGUCUGAGCUCAUCAACACAGCCUACACCAACGUGCUACUUCUGCGGCAGCUUUUCUCACAAGCUGAGAAGUGGUACCUCAAGCUCCAGACAGACAUCUCUGAACUUGAAAACAGAGAAUUAUUAGAGCAAGUUGCAGAAUUUGAAAAAGCAGAAUUUAUAUCUUCGAAUAAAAAGCCCAUCAUAGAUAACAUAAGGCCAAAACUUGCUCCACUUAAUGAAGGUGGAGCAGCAGAACUCCUAAACAAGGAAAUUUUAAGACUUCAAGAAGAGAACGAGAAAUUAAAGUCAAGGCUAAAGGCCACUGAAACACAGGCAACAAAUGCAUUGGAUGAGAAGUCAAAGCUAGAAAAAGCACUGCAGGAUUUACAGCUUGAUCAAGGAAAUCAAAAGGAUUUUGUAAAGGCCCAAGACUUGAGCGACUUGGAAAACACAGUUGCUGCUUUAAAGAGUGAAUUUCAGAAGACACUUAAUGACCAGACCGAAAACCAGAAGUCUCUGGAAGAGAAUCUAGCCACGGCCAAACAUGACCUCCUCAGGGUGCAGGAGCAACUGAGCAUGGCUGAAAAGGAGUUAGAGAAGAAAUUCCAACAAACAGCAGCGUAUCGAAACAUGAAAGAGAUUCUUACCAAGAAGAAUGACCAAAUCAAAGACCUGAGGAAAAGACUGGCAAAAUAUGAACCUGAAGAUUAAAAACUAAAGAAGAUUUCAUCUGAAGGCUGCCACAGUGUGAAAGUACAAAGCUGUUUCUCACCUCAGGCAUGUAUUUGAAGCAGUUUAUUAUAUUCCCUGUCUUUAUUUUUCUAUGAUUUAGAGUUUGCUUCUAAUAUUUAGAACUAGAGUUCCUAUUUCAGUUAACUAAUUGAGAAGAGAGAAAACUUACCGACGGAUUCUGGCCUCUUGUCUCAAACUCCUCUCUGCCUAGUGCUCCAAAGUCUUAGUUAAACUGCAAUGAGAACUUCAUAGCAAAAAACAGGCUUUUAGAGUGGGAAGAAGAGACUUACUCUUUUGCAUUAGUAUAAAGAGUACACCUUUUCAAUAAAUGUUAAUGCCAGCAUUGUCUGUAGUUGUACAUUCCCCAGAGUAAAAGUAAAUACAGAAUUAUUAAAUAUAAUUACAAAUAAACCUUAUUUUUUAAAA